AUGACCACUGAAACCCCCGAUCCUCGAAACCUGAACACUUGGGAGGAUGCAUUCCGACACCCUAUACCCGUCGUGCGGAGGCUCGAGCAGCAGCUCCGCAAACAUGAUUCUGAGAACCGCGCCAAGUUGCGGUCGUUGGUGGGUGCCAGCUACAGAGAUCUUCUCGAAACGGCGGAGAGGAUCAUCGGCAUGAAUGAGCAGAUACAGCGGGUUGAGACAACCCUGGGCAGCAUGAGCCAAAGAUGCAAUACGCGGGCUGUUGAACGGAUGACUCGAAACCGUACGAGACUCGAGCAGCAGUGGACUGCCCAGGACCACGAUCGCUACGCCUUGGCAUCGCAGCUUGCAGUCCUCCAGAGCUGUCCGGCGGUGAUAUCGCGAUUACUCAAAAAGGACGGCUCCCGGUUGCUUGCGUCAAAGCUAUUGGUCAUCUCGAGACUUCUUCACAAAACGCUGUCCCGGCUAUCAGAUGCGCCGCCCUUGCUAGAUAGCCUCAGAAGUCGACUAGCAUCACUUCGGCGGAAGCUGCUUAAGAGCAUCGACAAGUCCUUCUGCGAUACCAAGGUCCUGCCACACUGUCUUGUCGAAGAUAUGUGUGCUUUCUCUCUUGCAACGAGCUCGACACCAACGGAUGUCCUCCGGCAUUUCCAUCAUGUUCGGCUAGAGACGAUGUCCCAGCCGUUCAAAGAUGAACAGGGCAUACUAUCAGCUUUGAGCUGUUUCACGAGGACACUGCUUGACACGCAGAAAAUUUUCCCGAAAGAGCUCGCUGACUCGCUGGUUGAGUUGAAGGCACGCCCUCUGCUUCAGGACAAGAGUGUGCAGGCAGUCACAGAGCUAAAUCUCGACAUUCAUGAAAAAUGGAUUGCUGACGAAGUUCGGAACUUUACGCCCUGGCCGCGGCACGAGGAGCUGCAAAGGACCGAGUCGGAGAGGAUGUGUAAAGCGUGGGCUAAGCAGGCACUUGCAGCUUUUCUUAAAGGUACAAAGGCUGCGCUUAUGGCAGAAGAAGAUCUCAGAGCCCUGGUCGCGGUGCGCAAGGAGGUUCUGGAUACCUGGCUCCCUCUGGCGGGCCGUUUGCCUGGGAUCAACUCGGCUGCGGUGCUUGAUGAGCUUCGUGAAGUUCUGAAUGCGCGACUUUGCGGAGUCGUUGAUGACCGCGUCGGACAGCUCACCGACCUCUCCCUCGAAAUCAGUAAAACGCUGGAGACGCGGCAGCCUGGCAUGGCAGGCGCCACGCCGACUCUUUGGUCUCCAUCAAUGACCUCAAUGCCGCUAGGUAACGGUGCCGUGGCGUUCAAGCAAGCUAUCCUGGACUGCAGUCAUGGUCGCAACGCUAGCGUGCUCAAGAUUAUUGCGGUAUACGAUCAGUGGGCGAAUUCGAUCUCCGCAAUCUAUGCUGUCAUCAAGGAGAUGAAAGACACACGAUGGGACGAUGAUCUUACCGCCGAUGAUGACGAUGACGAAUUUGGCCUUGACUCCAAGCAGGCUUUGCUCUCCGAAGACGAUCCACAUACGCUGAGCGAAGCCGUUGACGAAGCCUUAACAGCUGCCUUUGACGUACUGACACGACAGCUGAGAGAGUUGAUAGCACAGACAAGCGAGGGCACUCCCGCUUCUGGUGACAAUACUUCGUCUCAAGUCAUUUUCCUGCUCCGUGUCCUUCGCGAAGCAAGCCAGCGCCUUUCCGGCCUCAACCUUCGAAAUGAAGUCACCUCUGGCACGCCUCCAUCCAACCGACUGGUCUCGCUUGCCGAACCUCUACAUCUAUACCUCGCCACCGCAGUCUCGUCACCUGCUAUCUCCACAUACACCACCCCUUUGCAAAAGCUUGCAAAAGCAAAGAGCGUUCUGACCCGAGCACUCUGGGAAGGAACCCCGCCCCUUCCAGUCCAGCCAUCGCCAGCGACAUUCAGAUUUCUCCGGAAGCUAGCGACGCAUAUGGCGGACUGUGGGCCUGACCUGUGGGCGCCUGGUGCGGUAAGAGUGCUCAAACUCAAGCUGAGCGAGGAAGUCGGGAAGCUGGUUCAUGGGCAUAAAGACAAGUGCAUCCAGCUAUUGUUUGAUACGCUGUACUUGAAGCGUGCGUUUUCUGUAUCUACCGACGGCUCAUCGCAUGAGCAGGCACUUGACGGUGUUGUUCGUGAGCUCGAGGUGAGAGCAGCGUUGGAUGCAGCUGCGGCUGAGCGGGUCAGAAAGAACGCUGCGGACUACUGGAAGAGGACGUAUUUGCUUUUUGCGCUGUUGGCCUAG